AUGCGCGACCGCCUCCUCGACGACGUCCGCUCCGCCCAAGCCCGACACGCCUCCUCGCCCGCCCACGAGCCGCAAGAGCCCGGCCAGUUCACGCCCGACGUCCUCGCCAUCCUGCAUGCCGCGUUCAACGCCGCCGACCACGUGUCCAAGGCCGAGCGCCGCACCCUCGCCGCCGCGACCGCCCUCUCGGAGCGCCAGAUCCUCACCUGGUUCGCCAACCAGCGCCAGCGCCGCAACAAGGUCGGCAAGAAGCAGCAGCAGCAGCAGCAGCUCGGCGUUCGCUCGGCGCCGUACUCGGCCGCCUUCCGCCCUCGACCGCCUCAGCAGCAGCAGCAGCAGCAGCCCUACUUCGACGCGCCCGCACGCCGCACCGUCUCGGACUCGAGCAGCGGCUCGUCCUCCCUCGUCGACUACGAGUCGGCGCACUCGUCGGCGCGCUCGUCGGCGUCGAGUGACUGGUCGCCGACGAGCGGCACCUACCUCGCCCAGGGCGACAUCCCCGUCGUCGCCGCCGAGCACGGCGACCCGGCCCAGUACGCGCUCGACGUCGCGCACGAGCCCCAGUUCUCGCUCCCGUAUCCGCCGCACCUCGCCCUCUCGCACCACCUCGACCACCUCCCGCCGCCGCCGACGCACGCCCACUACCCGCACGACGCGCCGUACCCCGUCACCGAUGAGCGCGUCGACGUCCCGAUGAUGCAGCUCGAGGCGCCGACGCCGCUCGAUGCCGCCUUCCCGCACGCUCUCGCCGCGCCCGACGCCUCGUGGGCGCACCCGCACGCGCUCGAGCCCGACUCGCGCGUCCCCCUCGACACCCUCUCGGCGUCGUACCCGUCGUCGACCUCGGCCGGCGUCGACUCGCGCCGCUCGUCGGCCGACUCGGCCUACUCGCUCGCGCCGGCCCCGAGCGCCGAGCCCGCGUACCUCGCGCCGCAGUCGGGCUUCUUCCUCGGCGCCGCAUCGGCGCAGGCGCCGGCGGUCGCGGCGCUCGGCGGCCUGAGCGACGCGUGGAUGGACGACCAGUUCUACGAGAACCUGUUCGGCUCGCUCGGGCUCGACCUCGGCGGCGGCGGCGGCGGGGCGCAGACGGCUCGCAUGGAGGCGGUCAGGGCCGAGGAGCAGCUCGCCGGCGGCGGCGGCGAGGCGGUGUGGUUCUGA